ACGAUGAGUAGAAUUAAUGCCAGUUUUACUGGUUCUCCUUCAGGCUCCCCACUCGUUGUCCCCCCCGGUCCGCUCGCUGCUGCUGCCUUUGAAAGCGGCAUGAGUGCUGUCGAAGAAUUACGGUUGCUAAAAGCGCAAGUUCAAGACGUCGCUCGAGUCUGCAAUGCGGUCGCUCGUGGUGACUUGUCUCAAAAAAUUACGGUCCCGGUGCAAGGUGUGGUCAUGGUACAACUCAAGGACGUCAUCAAUACAAUGGUUGACAAACUCGGACAAUUCGCUAAGGAAGUUACUCGUGUCAGUCAGGAAGUCGGCACAGAAGGGAAACUCGGUGGACAAGCUCUAGUUUUAGACGUUGAAGGCACCUGGCGUGAAUUGACCGGCGUCGUCAACAAAUUGGCAGCAAAUUUAACUAAUCAAGUCCGGAGUAUCGCAAAGGUCACAAAGGCAGUCGCAUUGGGUGAUUUGUCCAAACAAAUUGACGUCGACGCUCGAGGCGAAAUAUUGGAUUUGAAGAAUACGGUCAACGGAAUGGUCAUCAGAUUACGGGCUCUAGCAGCAGAAGUUACUCGUGUCACAUUGGAAGUCGGUUCACAAGGUAAAUUGGGUGGUCAGGCUCAUGUUCCAGAUGUCGAGGGAGUUUGGUUUGAAUUGGUUCGAAAUGUCAAUCGGAUGUGUUCCAGCUUGACAGAUCAAGUGCGGUCCAUUGCUAAAGUUACCACUGCUGUCGCGAAGGGAGACUUGACUCAGAAGAUUGAAAUACAAGUGGAAGGCGAAAUGUCAACUUUGAAAUCAACCGUUAACUCCAUGGUGGAUCAAUUGAGCGCUUUCGCUUCCGAGGUCACUAGAGUGGCUUUGGAAGUCGGCACCCAAGGUAUAUUGGGAGGUCAAGCCAGGGUUGAGGGUGUUCAAGGUACCUGGGCAGACUUGACCAGGAAUGUGAACAAAAUGGCAAGCAACUUGACUGACCAAGUGCGGUCUAUCUCGGAAGUUACGAAAGCUGUCGCUUUGGGUGACUUGAACAAGGUCGUUAACGUUGACGUGCAAGGUGAAAUGUUGGACUUGAAGAUGACUGUAAACUCUAUGGUCGCCCAACUUUCUACACUUGCCAAUGAGGUCACCCGGGUCUCGCUCGAGGUUGGAACGGAAGGUAUCUUGGGAGGUCAAGCAUACGUACCUGAUGUUCAAGGAAUGUGGAAGGUCCUUACCGAUAACGUCAAUUUAAUGGCCAUGAACUUGACGAAUCAAGUACGUUCGAUUGCCGAGGUGACCAAGGCUGUAGCUGGCGGCGACUUGACCAAGAAGAUCGAAGUUGAUGUCCGUGGAGAGAUCUUAGAAUUGAAGGAGACCGUGAACGGCAUGACCGAGAGUUUGAGCCUAUUCGCAGACGAAGUCACCAGGGUUGCCAGGGAAGUCGGAACGGAGGGGCGAUUGGGAGGUCAAGCACGUGUAACGAAUGUCGGCGGAACUUGGAAAGAUUUGACUGAUAAUGUGAACGUCAUGGCUGCAAAUUUGACUCUACAAGUCCGAACAAUUGCGGUUGCGACAACCGCUGUCGCUCGUGGAGACUUGACGCAACAGAUUACUGGCGUCUCAGUAUCUGGAGAAAUGUUAAGCUUGGUGAACACCAUCAAUGACAUGAUUGCACAGCUCGCUAUAUUUGCCAAAGAAGUCAAGAAGGUUGCUUUCGAAGUCGGUACUGAAGGUAAACUAGGUGUCCAGGCCGAGGUUGGCAAUGUCCAAGGCAUCUGGCAAGAAAUCACUAUGUCCGUAAACACCAUGGCCGGUAAUUUGACCACGCAAGUUCGUGGUUUUGCGCAGAUAUCAGCAGCCGCUAUGGAUGGCGACUUUACUCGUUUUAUCACCGUUGAAGCUAGCGGAGAGAUGGAUUCCUUGAAGACUCAGAUCAAUCAGAUGGUGUUCAACUUGAGGGAUAGUAUACAGAAGAACACAGCCGCUAGGGAAGCUGCAGAAUUGGCUAAUCGGAGUAAGUCCGAGUUCUUGGCCAAUAUGUCCCACGAAAUCAGAACGCCAAUGAAUGGUAUCAUUGGUAUGACGGAGCUGACCCUAGACAGUGAUCUUAACCGGUCUCAGCGCGAGAGUUUGCUGCUAGUCCACUCCUUGGCACGCUCACUACUAUUGAUUAUUGAUGAUAUCUUGGAUAUUUCGAAGAUCGAGGCUGGACGGAUGACCAUGGAGGCGGUUUCAUAUUCCCUUCGCCAGACUGUGUUUGGAAUUCUCAAGACGCUAGUCGUUCGUGCCUCUCAGAACAACCUCGACUUGACAUAUGACGUGGACCCUGAUAUUCCUGAUCAACUUAUUGGUGAUUCAUUACGACUGCGACAAGUCAUUACAAACUUGGUGGGUAAUGCCAUCAAGUUUACUCCGUCCAAAGUCACUCGCAAGGGCCACGUCGCUCUAAGUACGAGGCUCCUAGCACUGGAUGAUCAAAGCGUCACAUUGGAGUUCUGUGUCAUGGACACUGGGAUUGGUAUUGCGAAGGACAAACUCAACCUGAUCUUCGAUACGUUCUGUCAGGCGGAUGGCUCCACUACAAGAGAAUACGGUGGAACGGGUCUUGGUCUAUCUAUCUCAAAGCGGUUGGUCAACCUAAUGCAAGGUAAUAUGUGGGUGGAGAGUGAGGUGUCAAAGGGCAGCAAAUUCUUCUUCACGAUCACAUCGCAAAUUAGCCAGAGCACCAUGGAGAACACUCUGCAAAAGAUGCAACCAUUCCAGAAACGUACGAUUUUGUUCGUGGAUACUUUCGGAGACCAGACGGGCGUCGUGCAAAGGAUCCAAGAACUUGGGUUAAGGUCCUACGUGGUACGCGAUGCUAGCGAGGUAUCCGUCAAGGAACGCUGUCCCCACAUUGAUACCAUUGUGGUGGAUUCACUAAGCAUGACGGAAUGUAUACGCGAGUACGAGCAUCUGAGAUAUAUUCCAAUAGUCCUAUUGGCACCAUCGAUGCCUCGACUCAACUUGAAAUGGUGUUUGGACAACAGUAUCAGUUCACAGGUUACGACUCCUGUGACUGCUCAAGAUCUCGCGUCUGCUCUCAUUUCUGCCCUAGAAUCUAACACUGUCAGCCCGGUCGCAGCGCCAAACGAUGUUGUGUUCGAUAUCCUCUUGGCAGAAGAUAAUAUGGUGAAUCAGAAACUAGCAGUCAAGAUUUUGGAGAAGUAUGGUCACUCUGUUGAGAUUGCUGAAAAUGGUAGCCUUGCAGUCGAUGCCUUCAAAGCCAGAAUACAUCAAGGCAGGCCUUUCGACAUUAUCUUGAUGGAUGUCUCCAUGCCCUUCAUGGGUGGCAUGGAGGCCACCGAACUAAUCCGCGCAUUUGAAAUGCAUAAGGGGUUGUUACGGACCCCUAUCAUUGCACUAACUGCGCACGCCAUGAUUGGUGACCGUGAACGGUGCCUGCAGGCAGGCAUGGACGACCACAUCACGAAGCCGUUACGACGAGGAGAUUUGUUGAAUUCAAUUAAUAAGUUAGCGGGUGAACGUGCACAGCUGCCUUCAGAAGACAAAGCGCCGUAUACGUUUGCGCUCCUGGUAAUUUGAAUCCUGUAUACCUCUAUCAGUAUCGUGACACAAGUGGGGUCAUGUCGUAAUUGUGCUUUGUAUACCCUAGUCAUUUUUUUUUCAUUCUGUCUUGCCACACCGCCAUGUACCAUCACCAUCUUACGAGUACGUAUUCUGGGCUUCACGGCUCGAUAUUUUUCGUCAUGUCUAUCUUUGUUCCAUUUGUGCUGUUCUAGUCUCAUAACCCUUGUGUAUUUGAUCGGUAGUUGCGCAUACUUUGUCGUAGUAGUAUAUCUCUAUGUAACGCGAUAAGACACUUGCACACCGCAUGGUGAAGGACUGGGAGAAGAUCCACAAAGCAAGUAUGAAUCUGGUGCACAGCUGUUGAGACUGAAACUGGUGCGCUGCAGGGCUGAUGGGAGCUGGGUGAUAAUGAUACCGCAUCCCAAACUGAUUCUGUUUCCAACUUUGUUCUGACAAUGGGAUUCUGGGGAUACGUUUCCGUAAGGUCGUGGCGCCGGUGGCGGCCGGACGGUGGCGAUAAUGAUCCAGAUUCCCGAUCGAAGCAGUGCACAGCCACCACUUAUCUAAACGGAGUCUGUGCGUUUCUCGGCGUUGACCGAUCAUACAAGUCCCGAUCGCCAUUUGUCCACUGCAAAGCAUUUCGAAAGCU